AUGACGAAAUAUAGUCAGUCAGAUAUAACUCUCGAGAAUGGGAUCAUUCCGAGUGACGAGAGUCACAAUAGAAAUGAGGAAAAGCUCCAAUUCGCCGAGGUCGCCGUUUUGGACGAGGAUGCCCCACCAGAUGGAGGAUUAGAAGCGUGGCUCCAGGUCGUCGGCUCCUACUCGCUUUACUUCAACACCUGGGGCACGAUCAAUACCUUUGGCGUAUAUCAAACAUAUUACGAAGAUGAACUGCUUCAGCAUAUGUCGCCAUCCGCCAUUUCGUGGAUCGGAUCACUCCAGUCCUUCUUGCUCUUAGCUGUCGGGGUAGUCAGCGGCCCCCUUUAUGAUGCCGGACAUCUGCGGCUUCUCCUCUGCGCCGGUCUGCUAUUGGUCACGCUUGGUAUGAUGAUGACUAGCCUCUGUACGGAAUACUGGCAAGUAAUGCUCGCGCAAGCCGUAUGUGUAGGUGUAGGCACGGGAUGCCUGUAUAUCCCGUCCGUCGCCAUCAUACCGCAGUAUUUCACAAAACGUAAAGCCCUCGCCAUGGGUAUCGUAACGUCUGGCAGCAGCUUCGGCGGCGUGAUCUACCCUCUUAUGUUCCAAGGCCUAUUGCCCCGCGUCGGUUUUGGCUGGACGACUCGUAUCAUGGGCUUCACCAAUUUUGCUACGAUAUCGAUAUCCUUCCUCGUAUUGCGUAGGAGAACUGCCGCCGUGGAGAUACGGUCGCUGCUCGACAUGCAAGCAUUCCACGAGCGUCCGUAUGUUAUUUACUGCAUCGGCAUUUCUCUGAGCUACCUCGCGUUUUUCGUACCCAUCUUCUACCUCCAAACAUAUGCACUCACUCACGGCCUAGAGGGCCAGACUGUUGCCUUGUACCUGGUCGCCAUUCUCAACGCCGCAUCCGUCUUAGGCAGGUUGACACCGUCUCUGAUAGCGAACCGAAUCGGUCCUAUCCACACGUUCUUCAUCAGCAUUACGCUGGCAGGCGUGACAGCAUUUAGUUGGAUUAACACGGAUUCAGGAGGUGGUAAUAUCGCGUUCGCUGCCUUCUUCGGCUUCUUUACCGGUGGCAUCGUGGCCCUACCCGCUGUCGUGCUUACCUCGUUUACCCCGGAUCUGAGCCGCUUAGGAACUAGGCUAGGCAUGUCCUCGGUGUUGAAUGGCGUGGCUUCGUUGAUUGGAGCCCCUAUCGCAGGGGCCAUACUAGGCGCCACGGGGAAUUAUCUUGGCAUCCAGCUCUUUGCCGGGUUUCUCUUCAUGGCAACGGCCGCAUUCAUCGCAGUAUUGCGCUUUGUGAUAACCGGGAAGAAAUUGGUUACUAGAGCUUGA